AUGCUUCCGACGGCCGCGCGCUGGGCCUUCGCGCCCCGCCUCCACUUUGCCGUUUCCGAAUCCAUCCCCCGCUCCUACUACCUCGGCCACCACCACGCUGCGCUGCGCGAAAUUUCAUCGCGCCUCUCGGACGUCGGCCUGGUCCUCGAGUGUCGCGACUACCGCGUCCCCAUCACGAGCUGGAACCCAGUCCUCGAUCGCGCUAUCGCAGGCCGCGAGCGCAUCGUCGUCUACACCCACCGCGACCUCGGCGCCGACAGCCCCGCCGCCGUCGAGCACGCGCUGCGCCGCUUCCACCGGGGCCACUCCGUCGUCGGAGGCACGCCGCAGCGCGUCAUAUUCUGGCGGAAGGACGACCCGGCGAGCACGAAGCAGCUCCUCUCCGAGAUCAGGAGCGUGGCGCACUCCGUCGACAGCCUGACGGGCAUGCGCGCGCUGGUCGUCGGCAUGCCCAACGUGGGCAAGAGUACGCUGCUGAACAAGCUUCGUGUGCACGGCAUGCACAAGAAGCCAAACGUCGCUAGAGUCGGCGCGCAGCCCGGCGUCACGCGCAAGCUGGGGUCGCCGGUACGCAUCCUCGACUCCGAGGGGGACGGCGGCAUGGGCCUCGGCGAGGGCGUCUUCGUGCUCGACACGCCCGGCGUUUUCAUGCCCUACGUUUCCGAGGCCGAGAACAUGGUGAAGCUCGCGCUCGUGGGCUCCGUUAAGGAUGACCGCAUCCCGAUGGAGAUCCUCGCCGACUAUCUUCUGUACCGUCUCAAUCUUACCGACCCGAGCGCCUAUGCUAAAUACUCCGAACCGACGAACGAGGUCAACGACCUGCUCCUCGGGGUCGCGCGCAAGACAGGGAAGCUGAAGGCCGGCGGAGAGGCGAAUGCGGACAGUGCAGCCGACUGGAUCAUCAAGCAGUGGAGAGCCGGGAACCUCGGCAAGUUUGUGCUCGAUGACAUCAGCGACGAAGCAUUUAAGGAGAAGGAGCUUGCGAGGGAAGGACAAGGCCCGCUGAGCAUGAACCAGGCACGAAGGAAAGAGAAGGAAGCAAGAAAGGAGAGAGCCCUCAACAAGGCCAAGGCGAUAUAG